UAUUUGUAUUUAGUGUGAAAUAGAAAAGGUCAGGAGAGGCACGUCUCGUUGCGGGUAAUGUGCGUAACGGCAUUUGUUCUGCAGCUAAAUCUGUCAUAUAAUCAUCUUCUUCCAUGUCCUUGGCACAAAAUUACACUAUAAUCAAUCACAUUGUUGUUUGAAAAUGUGUUCACUACAACUUCCAAAUUGCAGGGUUUUCAACGAUACUGAUUACAGGUUGCAGAAAUGUGUGGUUUUCGAUGGACGGUUUACCGCUAGUUCGGCAGUUAAACGACGACAGUAUCGGCCGAUUUCUGUUAUGUCUCAUUCACCUUUCAACAUGAAUUUGAAUGAGUAUAUGGACGUUACACUUGUAAAAUCGCUGGGUAUUCGCCAGAUUACUGAACAAAUAUAUGUGGGAUCGUGUAUACAAAAGGAAUCACAUGUGGAAAUGCUGUCAGAUGCGGGGAUCACUGCUGUGGUGAAUUUUCAGACUGGGGUCGAGGCUGAAAAUUGGAGAAAUAAUGCCAACCUAAUCAAUGAAUCGCACAGAAGGUGGCAAAAGGUGGAGGUUUUGUCACUUAGGUCGCAGGUCCAAGCCUCACACAAUGCAAAGCGAAGUCCGGUAUUUAAGUGGAGAAGGGUAGAGGGGCGGGCCCUUUAUAAAAAAAAAAUAAUCAAUGAAUCGUGCCAAAGGUUUAAUAUCCUUAUGAUCAACUAUCCCAUAAGGGAAGGAGAUUCAUUUCACAUGAGGAAGAGACUUCCUUUUUGUGUUGGUCUUCUUCUACGCUUAUUGAAGAAAAACCACAAAGUCUAUGUGACUUGUACAACUGGUUUUGAUAGGUCCCCUGCUUGUGUAGUAGCUUAUCUACAUUGGAUGACAGAUACUUCUCUUCAUGCAGCCUAUAAUAUUGUCACUGGGUUGCAUUCAUGCAAGCCUUACAGAUCAGCCAUUGCCUGGGCAACAUGGGAUCUCAUAGCUAUGGUAGAAAAUGGUGCACAUGAUGGGCCUGCAACACAUGCCGUAACAUUUGUAUGGAAUGGGCACAAGGGGGAGGAUGUCUACUUGGUUGGAGAUUUUACAGGUAACUGGAAAGAACCAAUUCAGGCAGUCCACAAAGUUGGUCCAAGAUUUGAGGCUGAAGUUAGACUUUCACCAGGAAAGUACCUAUAUAAGUACAUUAUUUGUGGAAAUUGGAGGCAUUCAACCAAUUCACCAACUGAAAGAGAUGAAAGGGGAAGUCUCAAUAAUGUAAUUGUUGUUGGUGAUGUUGCCAGUGUCAGGCCUUUGAUACCACAGCAAAAGAAGGACGCAAAUAUUAUGAAGGUGAUUGAAAGGCCAUUGACAGAAAAUGAACGGUUCAUGCUGGCAAAAGCUGCUCGAUGUGUCGCGUUCUCAAUCUGCCCAAUAAAGCUAGCACCUAAAUAGAUGGACACACUACAUUUCAGUCAUCAUAGUCGCAUAUCCAGUUAUGUCUUCUGCAAUGAAGAAGUCAGUAGAAAUGGCCAUUUUAACAUUUCUGGAAUGCAAACCCAUCCCUCCACUUGAAUUGAAGCUGUAUAUUGUCAUGCAAUUUCGAGGUUGGGCAAGUUAUAAUGCUCAUGUCCAUUGCACUUAGUCAUUUUAUCAUCCCCAUAGAUAUUAUCUGCUUUGAUCACUGACUGAUCCUUCGACUAGAUAUUUUCCACGGUUGAAUAGCUCAGUUAAUUGCUGUAUAUCUGUGUUUAAUGCAUACACAUUUACAUGGACGUGUGGAUGUGUAAUUGCUGUUUUACUACGCAAAAAUACUACUCUUCACUGAUUUUUCAUCAUUUUCAGUCAACACUGUCUGAACAAAUUUAAGUU